ACACAUGCAAAACCCGGUCAUCAACCAACAAAGCGUUUCAUAUAGCCCCUGUGGCUACGCAGUAGCUUGUAUAUAGAUUAGGCAUGUAAUAUUCCUAUUCGUUUCUGACUAUUCCGUACAUACAUAUGCAGGUAGAUGCAGAAGUCUCGAGAGUGGCCUGAUAUAAUAUUAUACCCGCUUUCGGAUUAUGAACGGCGAUAAGGCGAAUUACGCGCAGGUUUCACUCUCAGAAUCCUCCAGGCUUACCAAUAUAAUACAACAUAAUAUAUAGCUAAUAUAUCAUAUACGAUGAUUCCGGAAUAUCUGUGUUAAAAGGUUAAAGAAAAAUCCAGAAAAGAAGGGAAUGAAUUAAGUCAACAAAUCAAUAAAAUAUGCACUCAGCACAAGUUCAGUCUUGGACCCAAGGUCCACGGUAUGUCUCGGUUGACAAUCCACCCACACCAUCAGAUAGCCAAGUCCAACUCCGCGUCUUGGCUGCUGGGGUUCACCAAAUAGUUCGCUCCCGCGCCUCGGGAGCCCACUACUCAGCCAGAGAACUCCCUCACACCGUCGGUAUCGACUGUGUCGGCACAGACGAGUCCACAGGCAAGCUCUAUUAUGCCUUUACUUUGCAGGGCGGCACGUUUGCCGAACGUAUCAACGUUGAUAAGUCCAGCGUCUAUCCGCUACCUGAUCAUGUCAAUCCAGCAUCAUUCGCCGCGAACCUCAAUCCUGCCAUGAGCAGCUGGAUGGCUAUCACUCAGCGUACCACUAAUCUACCCAAGGACUUUACUACCGUCAUCAUUGGUGCGACGAGUGCUAGUGGUCGCUUGGCCGUACACUCGGCGAAGGCGCUAGGGGCUGGCAAGGUCAUCGGUAUCGCGCGGAACAGCGAGACUUUAGCCGACGUUGACGGCCUCGAUGAUUGCAUCGUGCUCCAAGAUCCAGUAGCCGAAACUGACUUUUCCAAAGCCCAUGACGUUGAUGUCAUCUUGGAUUACGUCUAUGGUGACGCGAUGGUGCAUCUACUUACAUCGCUAAGCCGGGCCAAGCAGCCGGUACAGUACGUCCAAAUCGGGGGUCUUUCUCAGCAUACUCCCCAAAUACCCUCCCGUCUCCUCCGGUCCUUUGACCUAACUAUCCGGGGAGCGGGUGCAGGUUCCUGGAGCAUAUCGGCGCUGAUGAAGGAGCUGCGCACGAUGGUUCCGACGGUAGCCAGCUGGAAGCUGACCCCCGCCUGGUCUGUGCAACUUAAGGACAUCGAAGAGACUUGGGACGACGCAUCGUUAAAGGUCAAGGGUAGAGUAGUUUAUGUGCCAUAGACCGUUGCCUGGGACAGGCUUUCCUGAUGGAGAAGCUUUUUGUAAAAAUCCUCAAGAAAUAAAUUGUCUAUUUCCCACCGUCUGUGCCUCGUUGGAAUAUACCAUGCCUGUCUAUGCAAACUCUCGGCGUCAGCAGAUUGUCAUCCUAAAAUACAAAGUCAUCAGGAUUCUAGUAACCCCAAUGAUUUCAAUUUAUCACGUCACUCCUUAAUUCAUAUUGUCAUGUGGUUACCAAGAUCUUAACGCCAACUCAAUUCUGAGGCGAUUAUUUAUCGUCCCAGUUAAAGGCUGGCUGGUUGGUCGAGUAUAAGGUAUACACUAUCCUCUCCCGUACGUUCAACACUUGUUUUGGAGUUAAACUGACGACAUUACGAA